ACAUUUCCAUAGAUAAUAAAAACAUCACACUCUAACCACAUCUCAAAAAAUUUAAUUCAUUUUUUCAACCCAAAACCCAUAUGGAAACCCUUACUUCACCACAACCCAUCUCCACCACCACCACCACCACCACCGUCGCCACCGCCGUCAAAACCCCCGACCCAGAUUCCGAACCACCACAAUCUACCGUCAUCAAACAACCCAUACCACCCUCCCCUUUCACCAACGGCGUACUUAAACGCCACAAACCACUUAACCUCCACCACCACCACCAUGAACCACCGCAUUUGGUACUACCCGUUUACAAAGAAUGUCUCAAGAACCACGCCGCAUCCAUUGGCGGCCACGCCGUCGACGGUUGCGGCGAGUUUAUGCCGUCACCAAAUUCUUCACCAUCUUACCCCACUUCACUAAAAUGCGCCGCUUGUGGCUGCCACCGCAAUUUCCACCGCCGUGAACAAGAAGAACCACCGGUUUACCAACACCUCAUUGAAUACCAACCACACCACCGUCACCAACCACCACCACCACCACAAACCACCGUCACAAGCCCCGGAAACUCACCAUCCCCACCUCCGAUCUCAUCUUCUUACUACCCAUCAGCACCCCACAUGCUACUUGCACUUUCCACCGGCUUAUCUGCUCCGCCGCCGGAAACCCAGAAUUUUCCGGCGGUACCCACAACCCCAGGUCACUCAAGUAAAAAAAGAUUCCGUACAAAAUUCACCCCACAACAAAAAGAAAAAAUGAUGGAAAUUGCAGAACAAGUUGGGUGGAAAAUGCAAAAAAAAGAUGAAGAUUUAAUUAAUGGAUUUUGUAAUGAAAUUGGAGUUGAUAGAAAUGUUUUUAAAGUUUGGAUGCAUAACAACAAAAGUACUAAUAAUACUAGUAACAAAAAAGAUUUUUUUGUUACUACUAAUAAUAAUCCUAAUAAUAAUAAUAAUAUUAAGAAUAAUGAUAAUGAUAAUGCUAACAACAAUGUGCCUAUUGAUUUUAUUAUUUCUCGAAACAACGAAAAUAGCGGAAUUCACCACCACCACCAUCACCAUCUGAAUGGCGGCGGAGGAGAUAUGACAAGUUCCGGCCACCAUGACAAUAACUUAAUGUUAAGGAGCAUUACUAAAGGUUUGAAUACGAGGGAGCAGAGUUACCACUUUACGGAUGGAUUAGGAAGUUAUGGUCUCUAGCUAGUGAGAACCUGGUUAAGAUAACAUCAUAUAGACCCUCAAUUGUUAAAAUUCAUCAUUCUAAAAAAACUUUGUAAAACGUCACUGUAAUUAGUUUUUAUGCUUAAUUAAUUAGUAUUCCAAAACA